AUGGGUGUAUUCAAAAGACAUAGUCGUGGAGGAUCUGGAAGCAAUGGGUCUGGUGGUUCGGCGGAAGUUAAGAUUACGAAACAAGAUCGUGAGCACUUGAAAGUGCGGACAGCGAAUGUGCAUGAUCCUAUUCUCGAGGCAGUUCAGGAGGCACAGCCGUUUGAGCAGGCAGCGGACCAGUUCCAGGAGAACGUGAACAGACAGUCUUAUUUGAAUUCUGGGGAGUUGAGGGAUGUGUUUGGGGCUCCAAUUCGUGAGCCAGAUGUUUCAAAUCCAUUGAGAGCACGUGACGAGCGUCCUAUGGAUACUAUUAGAGGGUUUGAGUACUCUAUUUCUGGGGAUCCUACGUGGGCACAGCAGCUGGAGACGCCGCAGUACGGGUUCCGGGUGAAGCCUGGGUUUGCUGGGUAUACUGGCGGUGCGGCUGGCGGUGCGGCUGGUGGUUACCAUGACAAUAUGAACACUUCGUACCAGCAGGGUGUGUACCAGCCUCCGGCGCCAGCAGUUGACGGCGAGAAGAAGAAGAAGAAGAAGCGUGGUCUGUUUGGCAGAAAGAAGAAGGAUUGA